AAGCAAAACCUUCAAAACCCUGGUUUAGGGUUUUGUGGUUUCUUCAGUCCUCCGCUGUCCGCUCCACUGCUUUCCCUACCCCCAAUUCUGUGGCAAACGGCGAUGGCGUCGUGUGAUAUGGAGCUCGUGUACCCUAUUCCUCUUAUGGGGGAAAACUACUUCGAAAAGCUGAACCAAUCAGCAAAAGAUGUCGUCGAUGAAAUUCGCAAAGAAACCCCAAAUUUAUCUCAGUUUAUCCAAGUUUUCUACGAGCUAAUGCAAUCGAAGCGCGACCCACCUCUGGAAGCCAUUUGGUUCUACUCAGCUCUAUCCUUCCGCUCCCUGAAGACGGGAAAUGAGGGUUCUUCCGAUCGACUCGCAGCCGUGAAACAACUCUUUCAGCUCGUCUCGGGUUGUUCCGCACCUUGCAGUGGCUCAACAAGCAUCGCGCUGCUGGCUCCGGUUGUCUUCGAGCUGUAUAAAUUGGUUCAAGAAGUAUUGAGCGGAGAUUUAGGGGCCAAGAGAGUGAAGAAACUGGUUAAAAAGGUUCAUUCUUUGAUUGGGUCUGUUCUCGGUUAUGUAGGUGUGUGUUCGGGGGCUUCGAGUGAAGAGAAGGAUUCGAGCUUGAUUGUAAAGUUUGCGGAUUUGGUCGGUGUGUGGAUGGAAGGGAAGGAAGAGGUGUCGUCGUUUUUGCCGCUUCUGAAUGUUGAAUUGCGCAGAGAGAUUGGUGCUGGUGGGUUUAGUGUGGAGCAGUUGGCUGGAGCUGUUACUGCGGAGUUAUUCCUGUUGAAGCUUUGCGUUGAUUUACGGGUUGGGAACAGAGGAGUGGAGAUGGAGAAGGAGUUGAAGGGUUGGAUUGUCGGGUCAAUUACUGGCUUUGGGAGCUUUUCUUUUUUUGAUAUUCUGUUGAGGAUGCUGCUAGAGCCGAGAUUACCGGUCGCUUCACUGUUGAGUUCUGAAGAGGAGAUCUUGCUGAGAACUACUUUGUAUGAUGCUGUCAUAUUGGUAGAGUACACUUCCCUUAAUCCUCGUACUGCAGUUGAUCUGCCUGCAGAGAAUUUCAUAAGCAUUGGCUUGAAGCGGCUGGUCCUCUAUCUUGAGGCCACAGAAUUUUUCAGGAAAGAAGGGAACCAUAAGAGGGCCAUUUCCUAUUCCUGUUCCUUCGCUGGUUCUCCAUUACCAUUGCAAAUAGCCAAAUUCGUCACAAGCCAGAUUGGCAUGGGGGAAGAAGCAGGCAGGUUACAUGUUUCAUCUCCUAAGGCUCUCAUAAAAUGGUUGUUCUCCCUUGAGGGUCAAGGCAUAAGAAUAUAUGACGAUAGCAUCUCACGGACUCGUGUCAAACUUGCGCUUGAUUCUUCUUCCAAAGCUGAGAAUGUCGAACCGGAGGGAAAUAUAGUGGAUUCCGAUCUUCCGAUCUACAUUGAUAACAAGGGAGAAAAAGGAGAAGAAGAUUAUGAUGAAGAAAAAGACGAAGAGGUGAACAAUGUAUCAAUGACAACUGCCUUCAUGACUGCUGCACACUCAAUGGCAGUGUUGGAAAGAGAAGAAGGUAAGAAACGAAAAGAAGGCCGAAGUGAGGGGAAGAACAAGAAGAAAAGAAGCAAACUUGUUGCUGCAGAAGAGCUAUCUGAUGGUACUUCUGAUUCAGAUGCAGUGCUCAGUGAUGAUGGUUCAAGCAGUGAGAGUGAAGUAGAGAACCCUACCAGUGACGAGGAUGCCUGACUUAUUAGUGAGUUUUUGACAUUGCGAGAAGAGGACCGAGUCAAUCACAUUCGCGAAUGUAGUGCAAUCACAUUUUUAUUCCGAGUCAAUUGGAGAUGACAUUUUGUCUGCCUGAUCAGCUGCUAAAUGAGGCAACCUUUUAACCUUUAUAGCAUAGUGAAAGAGUGUAUUCUGAUUUUAUUUUUUGAACAAUGUGUUCUGUUGUCAUUACAAAAUAUUGGGGCGGUAAGGAUUUACAAUCGUAUUCUCUUCACUGCAGUCGCCAAUUUUUGCCUCCUUUGCUGAUUGUGUACCCUCGUAUGCAAGUGUUCCAUCGAUCUAUUGUUUUCAAAAACUCUGCUCUGGUAAGUCGUCAGACGUACACUUCAAUCAAGUUGCGAAAUAUUC